AGGCGGGAAAAUGGCGGAAGUUGCAAGUUUGCGGGUUGUGAGCUGUGCAUGCGCGCGCCCCAUUCUGUGAGCGGACGAGCAGGCUGCACGUCGAGGAAGACUCUCAUCUGUGAAGACACUCAGAAAGUGAGCAAGAAUGGACGAGUGGGAAGAACAGGAAACCGCUACCUCUGGUACUUGUGCACUCACCAGCGACACCUCAACUGGAGGUACACAAGGAGAUUUCUGGAACUCUGAUCAUGGUGAAUUUCAAGGAGGUCGUGGUGGACGGGGUAGAGGAAGAGGAGGAUUUAAAAACUCAUUCUUCUCAGGUGCUGAGGACGGUGCAAACGAUGGUGACGGCCAGAAUAAUACAGCAGAAAGGAGUAGCUUCAGCCGAAGAGGAGGCUGUGGUAGGGGGCGUGGCAGAGGAUUUGGCAGAACGGAUCACAGUGAUUUUGACGCCAAUGAAGAGGAUGGUGACAAUAAAAAUGUGUCGAGAGGAAGAAGAGGAGGCAGAGGAGGAAGCUAUAGGCAAGGUGGUGAGCAGGGUGGCAGAGAUGGCUUUGGAGGAGGCUACCGUGGGAAAGAUGAAGAGGUCUUUGCUCAGGGGCACGGGGAUACACCUGCAGAGAACGCAGAUGCGAGUGAUAGACCCAGGGUUACCUACAUCCCCCCACCACCCUCUGAAGAUGAGGAGUCCAUUUUUUCCCACUAUGAGUCCGGUGUCAACUUUGACAAGUACGAUGAGAUCUUGGUGGAUGUCAGUGGAACCAACCCACCACCAGCUAUAAUGACAUUUGAUGAAGCAGCGCUGUGCGAGUCCCUAAAGAGAAACGUCAGCAAGUCUGGUUAUGUGAAGCCCACGCCUGUGCAGAAGCACGGCAUCCCCAUCAUUUCUGCUGGCAGGGAUCUCAUGGCCUGCGCCCAGACUGGGUCUGGAAAAACGGCUGCCUUCCUGCUCCCAAUCCUUCAACAGCUGAUGGCAGAUGGUGCGGCGGCCAGUUGCUUCAGUGAGAUGCAGGAGCCUGAUGCCAUCAUUGUGGCACCAACUAGGGAGCUGAUCAACCAGAUUUACCUGGAGGCCAGGAAGUUUGCCUAUGGGACAUGUGUGCGACCUGUUGUAGUGUAUGGUGGAGUCAGCACUGGACACCAAAUAAGAGACCUCUCGAGGGGCUGUAAUGUGUUGUGUGGAACACCAGGACGACUGCUGGACAUGAUUGGAAGAGGAAAGGUUGGCUUGACUAAAGUGCGUUACUUGGUGCUGGAUGAGGCUGACCGCAUGUUGGAUAUGGGGUUUGAGCCUGACAUGCGCCGCCUGGUGGGCUCUCCUGGGAUGCCAUCAAAAGAGAACCGUCAGACUCUGAUGUUCAGUGCUACUUUCCCCGAGGACAUCCAGAGGCUUGCAGCUGACUUUCUAAAGACUGACUAUUUGUUCUUGGCCGUGGGUAUUGUGGGUGGAGCCUGCAGUGAUGUGGAGCAGACAUUUGUGCAGGUCACCAAGUUCGCAAAGAGGGAGCAGCUUAUAGACCUCCUGAAAUCAACAGGAUCGGAGCGCACCAUGGUGUUUGUAGAGACCAAGAGACAGGCUGAUUUUAUUGCCACAAUCUUGUGUCAGGAGAAGUUUCCAACUACCAGCAUUCACGGUGACCGUGAGCAGUGGCAGCGAGAGCAGGCCCUUGGAGACUUCCGCUCUGGCAAAUGUUCUGUCCUGGUGGCAACCUCUGUAGGUGCCCGUGGACUCGAUAUUCCAGAUGUGCAGUUUGUUGUGAACUUUGACCUCCCAAACAAUAUCGACGAAUAUGUCCAUCGUAUUGGUAGAACCGGCCGCUGUGGCAACACCGGGAGGGCAGUGUCCUUCUAUGAUCCAGUAGCUGACAGUGAGUUGGCUCGAUCACUGGUCACAAUCCUGUCCAAGGCCCAGCAGGAGGUUCCCUCGUGGUUAGAGGAGUCUGCUUUCAGCGGCCAUAGCCCCUCUGGCUUUAACCCACCUAGGAAGCAUUUUGCCUCCACAGACUUGAGGAAGGGUCCACAGGGAGGCUUUUUCCAGGACGGCAGUGUAACGAGCCAGCUGGCAGUACAGACGGCUGCUGACGAUGAAGAAUGGGAGUGAGAGCAGCGCAGUCACACAGCAAUGAUCCCAGUUUUCUAAAUUGUUAAGCUUGUUGGCGUUUUACGAAUUUUUGUUGGAAGAAUAAUUUGCCACAGUGAAAAUGUCAGUACAGAUAAAGUACUAAUAUCAAUAUGUUGACUUUGUCACUGAUGUAAAAUCUGUUUGUUUUUGGGUUGGGGGUUGUUGUUGUUUUUUUUUAAAACUUUUUUUUAGUAUUAUUAUUACAUUAUUUGGAGUUAAACCAUUGUUGUGUAAGGCAUCAUAGCCAAAAUAUCUAAUUGUAGUUCUGUUUCCUGUUAAUAAAUGAAUAAAUGUUUAGAGCAACACCUUCA